AUGGGGAGAGCGAAGCGGGGGGAGCUUUUGGGAUUGCUGGGACUGCCAGCAGCCUGGGCAGGGCCCUUUGCAAUAAAUCGCAAGUUCCACGACCUGGCUGCAGAGAUCUCUCGUCUCCAUCUGUCCCGACUGUCCUAUCCCCCAGUGCUCCUACAAACGCGCUCAUCCCUUGUUUUCCCCAAACCAGGAUUUCCCAUUGCCAGCCCCAGGGAGGCUGCGAGGAAGAUGCCCCAGGACACUGAGGCAGAGCAGGAGCUGAGCAUGGAGAGCAGGGAGGACAAAUGCCCGUGGCAGAACCUGGUGGAAGAGGCCAUUUUGAGCGGCUCCACGGCGCAGGAAGCCAACGGGGAGGAAAAGCCCCGGAGAUGCCACACGAGGAGGGGCUGCAAACGCAGCUGGCGGGGAUCUGAGGGGGAAAGAGCCAGCCUGGGCCGGGAAGGCGGCCGGAGACGGAGCCAGAGCUCGGAGCUGGUGCUCCAUGAGCAGCUGCAUGAUGGGGAGAAGCCCCACACGUGCGUGGAGUGUGGGAAGAGCUUCAGGUGGAACUCCAACCUGAUUCACCAGAGGACCCACACUGGAGAGAAGCCCUAUGAAUGUGGAGAGUGUGGGAAGAGCUUCAGCGUGAGCUCCAGUCUGAUCAGCCACCAGAGGAUCCACACUGGGGAGAGGCCCUACGAGUGUUCCAAGUGUGGGAAGAGGUUUCCGACCAGCUCCAUUCUCCUCCGGCACUAUCGGAGUCACACAGAGGAGAGGCCCUUCCAAUGCCCCGACUGUGGGAAGGGAUUCAAGUACAACUCCGACCUCAUCAUCCACCGGCGCAUCCACACUGGGGAGAGACCCUACGAGUGUGAUAAAUGCAGGAAGAGGUUUCCGACCAGCUCCCAUGUCCUCCGGCACUAUCAGAUUCACACAGAGGAGAGGCCCUUCCGCUGCCCCGACUGCGGGAAGGGAUUCAAGUGCAACUCCCACCUCAUCAGGCACCAGCGCAUCCACACUGGGGAGAGGCCCUACGAGUGUCCCCAGUGUGGGAAGAGCUUCUCCAGGAGCUCUCACUUGACCCGACACCAACAGAGGCAUGAUGGGGAGAAGCCCCACACAUGCGUGGAGUGUGGGAAGAGCUUCAGGCGGAACUGCAACCUGAUUGUGCACCAGAGGAUCCACACUGGGGAGAAGCCCUAUGAGUGUUCUGAGUGUAGGAAGUGCUUCAGCCGGAGCUCCCACCUGAUCCAGCACCAGAGGAUCCACACUGGGGAAAAGCCCCAUGAAUGUGGGGAGUGUGGGAAGAGAUUCAGCCAGAGCUCCAGCCUCAUGAAGCACCAGAGGAUCCACACUGGAGAAAGGCCGUACAAGUGUUCCAUGUGCGGGAAGUGCUUCAGCCAGAGCUCUAGCCUCAUCCAGCACCAGAGGACCCACACUGAGGAGAGGCCCUAUGAGUGUUCCAAGUGUGGGAAGAGGUUUAAGAUCAGCUCCUAUCUCCUCCAGCACUAUUGGAUUCACAGAGAGGAGAGGCCCUUCCAAUGCCCCGACUGUGGGAAGGGAUUCAAGCACAACUCCACCCUCGUCACCCACCGGCGCAUCCACACUGGGGAGAGGCCCUACGAGUGUCCCCAGUGUGGGAAGAGCUUCUCCAGGAGCUCUCAGUUGACCCAACACCAACGGAGGCACCACUAAGGGAAGCCCUGUGAGUGCCCCGACUGUGGGCAGAGCUUCGUGCGCUGCUCCAGCUCCACCCCCCACUGGAG